ACAAGCGCCCCGAGGGUCUGCUUGGGAUCUCGGUGAUGUCAUCGCCGAGCGCCAGGGUCACGCGUUCAGCAAGCCAAGGGUCGCAGUGCCAGCUCCUGUUCUUCAACCCAAUCCAAUCCGCCCAACCUGUCCAGCCCGUUCAGCCCGUCCAGCACACCGCCCACGCCCGUCCCAUGAGUUCUGGAAAGAAGCUGAUCAAUCUCCCUGCAAAGGUCGUCGAUGAGUCCCUGGCUGGGCUGGUCGCAGGAAACCCUGGUCUUGUUCUGGAUGCAGAGAACAGAGUCGUUCGCCUCAAGAAGAAGCGGAACCAAGUGGCCCUCAUCUCUGGUGGCGGGAGCGGACACGAGCCUGCUCAUGCUGGAUUCGUCGGCGACGGAGUGCUUUCGGCAGCCGUCUGUGGCGACGUCUUUGCCUCGCCGAGCGCCAAGCAAGUCCUGGCCGCAAUCGAGGGCAGCAACAACGGCAGUGGGGCCCUUUUGAUCGUGAAGAAUUACACAGGCGACCGCCUCCAGUUUGGCAAAGCCGGCGAACGGGCCAAGCAAAGGGGUAUCGAUGUCGAGCUUGUCGUUGUUGCAGACGACUGCGCGAUCCCAAGAAGCAUGCUUGGUGCAGGCCGGCGAGGUCUCAGCGGCACUCUCUUUGUGCACAAGAUUGCUGGGGCUGCGGCCUACACCGGUCUCUCUCUCAAAGAAGUCGGGUCCGUCGCCCGAGCUGUUUCGGCCAACGUCGGCACUGUGGGCGUGGCCCUGACGCCCUGCAGCAUUCCGGGCAAAAGCCCCACCUUUUCGAUCCUGCCCGACAAUAUGGAGCUUGGACUUGGAAUCCACGGCGAAUCGGGCUUGCAGAGCGUGCCUCUGGCAUCGGCCAAAGAAGUUGCCCGAGCUUGUCUUGACAUGGUCCUAUCCCAGGACAGCAAUCGACAGUAUCUCCACGUUCCCGAGCAAGGACAAGUUGCCCUGCUGGUCAACAAUCUCGGAGGGACAACGAACCUGGAGCUUGGCAUCUUGGUCAACGAGGCUCUCCAAUAUCUGGCCUCCAAGUCCAUCCGCGUUGCCAGGGUUUACAGCGGCGCUAUGAUGACAAGUCUGGAGAUGUGCGGUGUAUCGUUUUCGAUCCUCAACAUCCCACCAGAGCAUGUAAAAACGUGGAUGGAGUACCUGGACUUGCCUGUGAGCUGUUCGGGCUGGCCACGGAUCGUGUGUGAUGAGCAUGGUCGAUUCGAUCUCCAAAAUCCUGUGUUGGCGAGCCAUUUGGCUGUCCACGCAGCCAAGGGCGUCCCCACCAAGCCCUUCGACCCGGUUCAGAGCAUCGAAGGUGUGCUCUUUGCAAAGGCCGUAGCUGCCGCAUGUCAUGUCCUCAUCGAAGCUGAGCCCAAGCUCACGAGCUAUGACCAGAUCGCAGGUGACGGAGACUGCGGCCUGAGCUUCCGCAAAGGCGCCGAAGCCAUACUGGCGCAACUGCACCAUUCGCAGGAGCCGCCUCAGGUUAGCUCCUCCAUUCCCUUUGACCGCCCUGGUGAUGCUCUGGCUCAGCUGAGCUAUGUGAUCGAAGACCAAAUGGGUGGCAGCUCUGGCGCCCUGCUCUGUAUUUUCCUUGAUACAGCCUCAAACUGGUUCCUCAACUCAGCGAGCGACAACGACAGCAGCCGCCUUCUCUGGCCACGCGCAGUCAAGGAGGGUGUCGACGCAAUCCGACUCUAUGGAGGUGCCUCGGUUGGUGAUCGCACUUUGGUCGAUGCCCUCGUUCCCCUCUCGCAGAGUUUGCUUGAUACAGUCGCACACGCAAGCAUUCGUGAAAGCCUCGACGAGGCCGAGGCAGCAACUGUCCGCGGUGCCGAUAGCACUGCCGCGAUGGGGGCCCGCAAAGGCCGAAGCAGCUACAUCAACACCGAGCGACUCAAGGGCACGCCCGAUCCUGGCGCCGAAGCCAUCAAGUUGAUGGUCCAAGCCAUCGUCCGCUCCUUGAAGGACAACCUCGACGACUGAGCGGACGGCCGAUCACUCAGUGGAGCUACCACAGCAGAGGACAUGUACACUUUAUUCAGAAAAAAAACGGGACAAUAUAGCCGUUUCCAUGAACAGGUAGUAUGUGAUGUGCUUGCGUCAAGCAAAGCCAUAAGUAAUACAAUCAAAU